AUGUCGAAGAACCGGGACACCCAGCAGACACCUGGUGAGCACGGUCAACCAGAUCUCUUUUGUUUUUUCCUGCGCUCGGUCUUUUACAGUAGUCAGGACGCAAAUCGUGUGCUCAAAGUUCGGAAAAGGGCAAAUAGUUUCCUGGAGGAGAUGAAACCUGGGUCACUGGAGAGGGAAUGCUACGAGGAGAAAUGUGACUUAGAAGAAGCAAAUGAGAUAUUUGAGACCCGGGAUGAAACGCUUAACUUUUGGUCAAAGUACUUUGAUGGAGAUCAGUGCCUCUCUAAUCCUUGUGUACAUGCUGUCUGUAAGGAUGGUAUAGGAAAAUUUGACUGUACCUGCAACGAGGGCUGGGAAGGAAAAUUAUGUGCUUAUGAAGUGACCCAUAACAACUGCUCAGUGAAUAAUGGAGGUUGCACGCACUUCUGUACAGAGAUUGGGAACGGCACAUCUCGGACAUGCAGCUGUGCCAUGGGGUAUCAGCUGCAGGAUGACAGCCGCAGCUGUAAGCCAUAUGGGGAUUUUCCUUGUGGUAGAAGUAAAAUCAUUGACUAUGACUAUUCAGCUCGUCUCACAGGAGCAAAGAAGGGGCGCAAAGGAGACAGUCCAUGGCAGGCUUUACUUGUCCAUGCUAAGAAGUUUUUAUGUGGUGGAGUUCUGAUUCACCCAUACUGGGUCCUCACUGCAGCACACUGCUUCAGAGGAACUCAGAAGAAUGCAAAGUUCUAUGUACGGCUCGGUGAAUAUGACCGCCGGAAUUUGGAAGACACAGAGCAGCAAAUUGCAGUCACCAAGGUCAUCAUACAUCCCAAAUUUGACCCUGGAUCAGUAAAUAAUGACAUUGCUCUUAUGCGUCUUAACGAGCGAGCCGUGUAUAACAAAUAUGUGCUGCCCAUCUGUCUUCCAACCCAUGGACUUGCUGAAACAAAACUGACAGUAGAUGGCACAGAGACAAUUGUAACUGGCUGGGGGAACCAGGAUCAAUCUCUACGCAACCGCACGAUGAUCCUUAGCUACAUACAAAUCCCUAUAGCCCCUCAAAGCAACUGUUCUGAAGUAAUGCGUCUUGGAAUUACAAAUAAUAUGCUAUGCGCAGGAAGGCUGGGAGACAUUCAGGAUGCAUGCUAUGGGGACAGCGGGGGGCCCAUGGUGACCAGGUUUGGUGAUACCUGGUUUCUUAUUGGGAUAGUGAGUUGGGGAGAGGGUUGCGGAAGGCUGGAUAAUUUUGGAGUCUACACCAGAGUUCAUCAUUACCUCGACUGGAUUGGUCAGGAAAUGGAAAAUUAUGAGACGGAGGUGAAAAAAAUUAAGCCAAAUCCAAAAGAAUCACAGAAAAACUGA